CCGGGCCACCUGCCUGGGAAACUUGUGGUUGGUUGUUGCCCUCGGGUGGGACACGGAAUCCGGCCAUGGAAGGUAUGUCGGGGACUCGCGAGCCCCGGGCCCGGCCGAGAGAGCGGGACCCGGACCGGCGCCCCCACCCAGACCGAGACCGCCACCCCGAGCGACAACGGGACAGACGCCGGGACUCGCGCAGGGAGAGAAACAGGGACGGGAGGAGGGACGGGAGCUCUCGAGAGGACCGAGACAGGGAGAGGGACCGGGACGCCCGCGAGGACAGACACAGGGACACAGGGCACCGCACAGGUGAACGAAGAGCCUGGGUAGAGUCCCCGCAAAGCCGGACUCGGGACGCUCCCCGGGGCCGGACCUGGGACGCAGCCCCGCCCCCCUGGCCCGCGCCUGGGGCCGCCCCGGAGCCGCCGCCGCUGCCCAGGGAGGGUCUAGGGCGCAGCCGCCCGAAAAGUGAAUUCACUUCAGGGAGAUAUCUGCCCCCAUACCCCGAGGACGUGGAAUAUUACGAGUCAGAGGCAGAAGGACUCCUGGAAUGCCACAAAUGCAGAUACCUGUGCACUGGGAGAGGAGUGGUGCAGAUAGUGGAGGUGCUGCUCAACGCGAUGGUUCUCAUGUGCAUCGUAGCCUCCUACUUUGUCCUUGCGGGAUUCAGCGCCAGCUUCGCCAGUGGCGGUGGCUUUGGGAACAACUAUUACUCUCCAUUUGAGGGUACUGAGCUGGAACAGGUCCGGCAGCUGGACCAGCAGUACACAGUCCUCCGGGCGCCCCUAAUAUACGGCGGCGUGGCUGUGUCUCUGGGGCUGGGUGUCCUCACCAUGGGCGUCUUACUCCAAGGAGCCAAGAAACUAACAAAACUGUCAGGGAGGUGGCUCCUCACAGAGGCCGCCUUCAGCCUCAUGGCUGCGGUGGGCUAUUGUGUGGCCAUCGGCAUUUACCUCCACGCAGCCCUUCAGAUCAACUCCACCGAUACUUGCAAAACAAGGGAGAGGCUCUAUGCCCGCAGGGGUCUCACCUGGAUGAACUGCCAGCUGGCAGGCACUGACGGGGCAGCAGCCACCUUUGCUUGUCUUCUGGUGAUUAUGUACGGUGCCAGCGUGGUGCUGGCCCUGCGGAGCUACCGACAGCAGAAGCCUUAUGAAGACAGCCGAGGGCAGCCCAGAAGUGACAGUUAUGCACCAGAAUACCUGUGGUCUGGAACGCUCUGAGGAGGUGAUCUUCUGGAACUUCAGUGUCCACCCACCUCCUUGGUUUCUCUUGAAAAGACGGGGCCUUUAAAACCACACAUUGGACAACUGUGGUUUUUACUUAUUUGAUUUUGGAAAUGCUCCCUCUCGAGCUGGGCUCAUACCUGUAAUCCUAGCACUCUGGGAGGCCAAGGUGGGUGGAUCACCUGAGCUCACAAGUUCAAGACCAGCCUGAGCAAAAGCCAAACCCCAUCUCUACUAAAAAUUUAAAAAUUAACCGGGUGUUGCGGUAGGCACCUGUAGUCCCAACUACUUGGGAAGCUGAGGCAGGAGGAUCACUUGAACUCAGGAAUUUGAGGUUGCUGUGAGCUAGACUGAUGCCUCAGCACUCUACGCAGGGUGAGACAGUGAGAUUGUGUCUCAAAAAAUAAAUAUUCCCUUUGGAUCAAUGCAAAGUUAAACAAUUUUUAAUCAUUUUUCUAUUGUAAAAGAUCAGUUAAGUCUUUUUUGGCUGACUCAAAGUGAGCUCAAAAAAAAAAAAAAAAUCUCCACCUUUUCUAAAAGAGCCACAUCAGGAGUCUUUAGAGUAUAGACCUCUCUCUGGUGAUAUGGCAAGGUCACAGUGUCUUCAGCUGGCUAGCCAGAGAACUUCUGAGAGAUGAAAGCGCCAUAUCAGAGGAUAGCUGGUCCAGUAUUACAAUAGAAAUAGCUUACCUGUCAUGACUAGUUAAACUCAUUAAAAGAAACAUGCCAUUCCUAUCCAACCUCUGAAUUUUAUUCCAGGGGAAUAAUUUUAAAGCUGUUGUGUGACAGAAUUUUAUCUAAACAGGCAACUACUUUCUGACAUGCUGUCCUGGAGGGAAAGCAUUCUGCUCACAGGAAGCCACACAGCCUUCUUCUCCUGGAGUUGGGAGACUGGAUUCCUGAAACGGGAAAAGAGAUGCUUUAGCAAGCAUGUUUCCCCCUGAGAUUCCUACCUGAGCUUCCAGAGAAAAUGUUUUCUACUGGCUAUUACAAGUUAAUGUCUUUGGGGGGCCAAGUUGUUCCAUUGGAAUUCACUUUCUGAAAUGUUUCAUAGUUUUUUUAAACAUGAACCUUCCGAGUAGUGACAAAAUUCAUAAACUUCUUAUACAUGUUAGUCAACUGAUUUCAAAGAUAAAGAGGAUAAUUUUACUAGACCACAAAGUCUCCUUGGAGGCAUUUUCACUUCUGCAUUCCCUGACAGUGUUUCUAUAGAGUAAAGCCUUCAAAGAUAGAUAGUAAUCGCUCAGCACUCUGAACCUUCUUCAUAAUGUAACAGAUCACUAAUGUUGAAUCUUAAAAAUAAAAUUCUUCA